UCCCGCCAGCCCAGUGUGCGCGAGGACGAGCACACAAAAAAAGACGGAGGCGCGCGCCAGGGUGAGGUCCGCGCACCGACACAGAGACACGGCUCGGACGCGGGAAUCGUACCUGCGGGAUGUGACCUGAGGACAGGGGGAGGAAGAAAAGGGGAGCAAGAUCAGGUGUCGCUGCCGAGCUCGUCUUCCCUGUGAGAUUUAGGAGCACCCACCAAAGCGCUGGAGCCGCGACGCUCAAGCAUGGACGUGCCCAGGAUGGCCGAGGGCUUCUUCAGCAGCACGCUGUCGACGUCGGCCGGCGGCCAUCACGCGGCGUCCUACUUGACGCUGGAGCAGAAGGCGGCGUUCGUCUUCGUGCUGCUGCUCUUCAUCUUCUUGGCCCUGCUCAUCGUGCGCUGCUUCCGCAUCCUCCUGGACCCGUACCGCAGCAUGCCCUCGUCCAACUGGACCGACCACACCGAGAAGGACACCUUCGACUACCGCAUCGUCUGAGUCGUGGCCCCGCCUCCGUGUAUCACAAUGGCCGCUCAUUCGCCGGGCGAAUCCCUGGCGAGCGGCCGCCGAAACCUCCUGUGAGCUACCCGCUGUCCGCCCUUCCCUCAGCCCCUCGUGGACUACCUCGUUCGUCCGUGUCGUGUGUGGAAGGUCUCAACAGGGUCAAAAUGUUUGCAAACCGAGUUUACAUACGCGUCUUUAUUAGAUUUAGACAAUCAGUGUUGUGGUCGACUCCGCCGAGGUUUAACGCCUUCUUCUUCUUCGCACCGUUUGGCGUGGCGUACGAGACCUCCCUUUAACGUGAAGAUAGGGGGAUGGUGGCGGUGUCAUGUGACAUUCCAGCCUUCAGUUUCCCGUGCUGUACCGCGUGCCUCAUGGAUGUUCUCACAACGCCAGCGUCACUGCCCGCAGUCUCCUCCCAUCAACCCUUUAGCAGCGACGCCAUGACUCUGGUCAGCCUUAUAGUGUAGAUUGUUUACAGUCUUCUUGGCCUUCCUGGUGAUGUCAUUCCAAGAGAGAGAUUACUCCUCCUCCUCGGACUGUUUUUGGUGACAUGUUCUCGUGAUGCUGUGGCCUUUCCCCAAAAACAGUCGCACAAGUUUUCUCUCUGGCUUUGUGGUGCAUGAAUACGCUCGCAGACGUGCAUGGUAGACGUGACGUGCGCUUCCUGUUGUGUCCUGUCUGUGCCGGCGGAGCCUUCACUUACAUUCCUUCCCUUGUUUUUGGAAUAAAAGAUUGCACAGC